GCCGGACGACUGCGGUCGCACCUGAAACUAGAAGCGCGGCAGCCGCCCGCUCUCCGUUUCCAUCUGCCGAACAAACGCUGGAUGCAACUUUGUAAACUUCGUGUUCAGCUGUGCCACAUUACCCGAACCCAGCGAUUCACCGGUCGUCGAUUGUACUCGGCGUUGUUUCCUUCGGACUUUUUUCUCGGGCGAGUUUCACCGAACGAUGGGACCGAAGUGUUUUUUGGCCACCUUCGCCACACUUUCCGUGAUCUUGGGCUGCCUCAUAACUUCAGCCGAAGCCAUCCAGUGCCACCAGUGCGACUCCAACAACCACCUGCACUGCUCCGAGCAGUGGGACUACCUGUCGUCUCACGAACCUCAAAGCUGUGACUACCUGUAUGAGGCCGCUUACUGCGUCAAGGCCACUGGAAUGUACGAAGGACGUAUUGGAACAUUCCGCUUCUGCUCGUCCCGUGACCGUGGCAACUACUGCGACUACGUCCAGCGGCCGGGAGACGAGCGGGAAUACCGCGCCUGCAUCCACACGUGUCGCACGGACGGAUGCAACUCGUCGCCCGGGCUUCGAAGUUGGACCUUCGUCUGCCUACCUCUCGCCCUCCUGAGCCUCGCCGUUUCCUUGCAGCUGCGGCAGGCGUGAAGUUGGCUUCGGGCCGGCUUAACCCUAAAUCGUUUACCUCAGCGCCGGCUUGCAACUGUUUCCAUGCCGGCUUGAGGCCGGCUUGAAGUUGGUUUCACGCCGGCUUGAGGCCGGCUUGAAGUCGUCUCUAACCAAGGCUCGAGGCCUCGUGCAAGGAGCUGCCACCACUUUGACAGUGUUCAUUUGCCGUGGUGCAACCACCGAGAGAAUGCGAGGAAACCUUUGGAAGAAGCGGCGGAAAACUUAAAACUGACUCGUGCCAUAAGGCUAUCCCGUGGAGUGUCCUGCAGCAGCCAAGUUUGGCAUCCGGCGGCAACUGACGCACGUGUUUGGGGUUGUACAGCGGUGGACUGUCUUUUUAGAAUUGUGAAAAUAGGGAAAGGGGUAGCACCUCAUUUUUUUUUUUUUUUCAUUGUUUCAUUAUAGAUUGGUUCACACGUUCGUUGCAGCGCUAAAUCAACACUAGAAACAACACUGAUACAGUGCUAUGUUUGUGCUGUAUCGCUUAUACAGCGCAAAGUCGUCUCUACAUUAGCGAGGUAAGCGUUAUGUAUUUCCAUCGCCGAUUAAUUACGCCGAGGUGGUGCUGCGAUGUAUCUGUGAACAGGCUUUAAAGUUGUCUUAAAAAGAUCACUGUAAUGCCUUCAUUUACACCUUUUUAAGGUGGUACUUUUACAUUUUUUUUCAUCUUACCUGCUCAAGUCAUUAGAUACCAGAAAAUGCAUGACAGGUGACAGUGUGCAAAGCUGAAGAGGGAUUUAUGUUGUGCCGUUGCUUGAAAAACAGUGCACUCGUGUUGUUGGGUUUCCAUCCUGAUUCACACAAUCAGUCCCCCGACACACUUUAUUGUAGCCGUCUUUACUUGCCCGUCAGCCUCUUGCUUUUUAUUGUUGUUGAAUUCUGUGCCUUGAUGGUACGGUGAAUCACUAACUUUGUAUGAAAGCUUUGCUGUGCCAGUGCCGAGUUUAUUUUAAACUACACUAUUUUUAGUAACAUCUCAACCAUUCCUUUCGAUUCCAGAUAUUGUGCAUUUUUUUUACAAUGUGGGGUUAUCUAAUGCUGAUAGAUCUGGGAUCAUGAAUUGAGGAUGCAGUGAUCGAAAUCGAGGGGUGCAAAAUGAUGUGUGUGUGCAUGUGGGCUUGUUCUGCGAGAGGAUGUUUUGAGCCUUAUUUUUGUAAAUACUGCCUGUUCAAAAUAAACUGAGGAAAACGUUUUUAAUUUUUUUUAAC